CGGGAGUGCCAGUUUGACAGCAUGGCGGCGGCGACCGACGUCUGCGCGCGGCAAAGCGCCAAGCUCGAAGAGCUCAUGAACUUCCUCGGCUACGCCGUCCUUGACGAUGGCUACAAGGGCGUGGUCGUCUUCUCGUUCCUCAACCACGCGCGGCAAAUUGUCUGCGUCCGCUCUGUGGACACGACUGCGAAGAUCCGCAUCUACGCGUCGCGGCCACCGCCGCAGACGGACUGCGUGGACAUUGCGCUGACGAUUUCGGAUUUUCUGCACAUGUACAGUGGCGAGCUCACGGCCGCCGAGAUCGCCGGGCUCUGCAUGUCGGGCAAGGUCCAAGUGCGCUGGACCGCGUACGGCAGCGUCAAGGCGUUUGCCGAUUCGUUUGACUUUUCGCCGGAAAAAUGGGCUGAGUUUUACGACCACUUUGGGCUCGACCCGAAUUACGUCGACUGGAUCGAGUGCACGAUGCCAUGCUGCGCGCCACCGCCUGCCUGCACGCAGGAGGAGAUUGACUCGAACUGGCAAAUGGUCAAAGAUUCGGUCUUGCUCCCAUCGAACGAGCUCGGCUGGGAACUCGUGUCGGAGGUCGAAGUCACGACUGUCGUCAAGAGCCCGGAUGCAGCCGCGGCCGCCACCACGGAGGCCAAACAAGAUUGGAUCAGCGACGGCCUCAAGACCAUCAACCCCCAUUUUGUGCAAAUGCAAAACACGGUCAAGAAGAAGAUGUUCAACAUGAAGGAGUACGCCGAGAAGUUUCUUGUCUCGAUGGACAUUUGAGCAGAACUCGUCGUCCAUCGUGCGGCCUCGAACCUACUAAAUGACCGAAUUCCGGAUUUUCCGUAUGCAAUAAAUAUAUAUGAGAACAAAUAUAUACACAA